GCCGCCAACUUAUUCAUGAAGUGUGCUGUGCAACGAAGACACUCGCAGGCUGCACAAUGGACAAGAAAGAUAAGAAAGAAAGAAAGUCCAAGUGUGAAACUCCGGGCAGGGAUACGUUUGAGCCACUGCACAUCACCGUCAAAACAAAAACGACCUUAGUUCUUCUGCUGAGCUCACCCGAAGACAACGUUUUGGCUAUUGCAUGUGAAGCAAUCUACGGUUUUGCAGAGAAAGAUGAUAUGAAGGUGCAUUUAAUGAAGCUCGGAGUACUGGAGCCUCUCAGUCUGCUCAUCAAUCACAGCAACGAGUUGGUCAGACGCAAUGCAUUCAUGGUUUUAGGCAGAAUGGUCACCGACAGGACUGUUGUCAAAGCCCUGCAAAAAAUGGCCGUCGUCCCACCAAUUAUUAAACUAAUUGAUGGUGUAGAUGCAGUUAUCAAAGAGCAUGGGACACUGUGCCUGUCCUUUCUGUCCGUGGAUCCCUCCUGCAAGGUCCAGAUCGUUGAAAACAAAGGUCUGCCGCCAUUAAUCAAGCUCCUCUCCAGUUCCGAACCAGAUGUUCAGAAGAACUCUCUUGAGACCAUCUACAACCUGGUUCAAAACAGCCAAUUUUGGCCUGCAGUACGAGAGCUGGGCGGGGUCCCUCUACUUCUGGAGCUGCUUAAUUCGCUGUAUGUUGUCAUUCAGCAGCUGGCUUUAAAAACAUUACUAAAAGUCACCACUGAUAAAGACUCACACGGUGUUCUGAGAAAGGAGCAAGGACCCGAAAAGCUUGUUGAGAUCCUCAAAAACGAGAACUUGGAGGACCUCCAUGUUGACGCCUUGCAGAUUCUUUCUAACUGCAUGAGUGAUAGUGACAUGUUCCAGCUAGUCCAGAAUGCAGGAGGACUCUCUCUGCUGAUGACACUUGUUCUUCCCCCUAAAUUGCCUGACAUGGAGUCCGGUCCUGUUAAAUGCGUCAGUCAUGAAAUCCAGUCCAAUGCCGUUGAAUGUGUCUCCAGGGCUGCUCAGAUUCCGGAAUCUCACAAAGUUCUUCAUGAGCUGAAGGCUGAGGAGAUUCUGCUGGAUCUUCUGUCAGUGGGCAACGAUGGUUUGAAAAUAUUGGCUUGUCAAGCUGUGGCCGCCAUGAGCUCCUUCCUGACCAGCAAAGAACACUUCAGGGAAUUAGGUGUUUUACCUGUUCUGAUACGCCUCCUAAGCAGUCGGAAUUUGGCAUUGAGAGGGGAAGCAGUGCAGGCCCUUGCCAACCUCACAUCUGGAAACAAACUCAACACUGUGGCAAUCUAUGAGGCAAGAGGACUUAGGCGCCUUAUACUGCGACUCGGUGACACCUGUCCCAGAACGGUAGCCAAUGCUGCAGCCAUACUUUGCAGGAUAGCAGGACAGGAGGCCAUUCGAUGCGACGUGUUGUCACACGGUGCCAUGCCAGCGCUGGUGAAGCCUUUAAAAUCAACAGACGCACAAGUCCUCAUCAAUGCUACCUUGUGUAUCUGUGAGCUGGCGUUUAGCGCUGAGGCCAGGGCACAGCUAUGGAAAGCUAAUGGUCUCGAGCCACUGGUCAUUUUGCUGCGAUCCAGUCACAUGGAGGUGCUGCGCUGCACGUGCAUGGCAAUCAGCGUGUGUGCAAAGGAUGAGCCCAUGGCUGUGGAGAUGUGUAAAUUUGGAGCACUGGGAAUGCUUCAAGAAAUCAACCAGUCAGAGAAUAGUAAGAGCAAGUUCGGCGAGUUUGCCUUGAACAGUCUCAUUCAAUCCAGUUUGUCUCUCAAAUUUGGUCUGACGGACUGUUUGGCGUCCACUGAUGUGAUCACUGAUGGCUUCUACGAUGCUGGGAAGUUCGGGUUUAGUCAGAAAGUUUUGACUCUCGAAGAACUUUCAAUGGAGCCCGUCAACCAAUGCUUGCCCAUCAUUGCUGUCAACGCAUCAACUGAGAACAGUGAGGAUGGAGCGCAACCGAAAAAUGAGGUCCAGUUUGAGUCUCCUCAAGGGAAAAUGAUGAAUGACGUCGCGUUGCAGCUUCUGGUUGAAGAGGUCAAAGAGUCCAUUUUGGUUUUGAAUGAUGAAGUGGAGCAAUAUGCUGCCCUGGCAAGGCGUGUUAGCGAUGCCAUGGGUGACGCAAUUGAGAAGGAAGAUAUGCACAGUUUCGGAUGGCUGCUGGACAUCUCCCUGCUUAAAUUCCAACUGCAGUGUAAUGUGGUCCCCAUCGGCAUGAUCAGCAAGGGAUUCUACUGUCACAGGGCGCUUCUUUUCAAGUACUUGGCUGACUGCAUUGGCUUGAGGUGUACUUUGGUUCGAGGGCACAACAAUCGAGCUUGGAAUGAAAUAGUCCUCUACAAGGAAGAUCCCUCCAGUGAUGAAUACUCUAUACAGCCAUGUGGCUACAUUGUGGACCUCAUGCAUGAGCCUGGAAACUUAAUAAGAUCAAACACCUCUGCAGCAAUUCGUUACAACAGCAUUUAGAUUAUCAUA